GUCGACAGCCUCCAAGCGGCCAUCUCGUCGCUUCGACGCCACUCCUCCACCUCCAUCUCCUUUCCCAUCCGGCCAUCUCCAGCUGCUCCUUCCAUGGCUCCUCCAACUCUCCCAAACACCGCUCCCAUACCCUCCCCUCCCCCCAGCUCCGUGAAAGAGCUCACCAACUCCACAUCCCUUGGCUCCGUUCCUCCCCAGUAUGCCAUCCGAAACCCCGAGACCACCAUGGACAUCGAACCCAUCAUCGAAGAAGAAAUCCCAACCGUUGACUUCUCUCUGCUGACCGAAGGAACACCUGAGCAAAGGUCUCAGGUGGUUCGCCACCUCGGCAAGGCUUGUGAGGAGUGGGGCUGCUUCAUGGUGGUGAACCAUGGCAUACCGGAAAGACUAAUGGAGGCGAUGCUGAUCUCGUUGAAGGAAUUUUUUGAUCAGACGGAGGAGGAGAAGGGAGAGUACACUGGCAAGCACGUGAUGGAUCCCAUCAGGUGUGGGACUAGUUUCAAUUUAACGGUGGAGGAUGUUAGGUACUGGAGGGACUACCUGAAGGUUUUUGUGCACCCGAUUUUCUAUUCACCCGCUAAGCCUCCACGCUUCAGGUUAUUUCGAUUAUGGGCCUCAUGGCUUCGGGAGACAUCAAAGGAGUACGCUGAGUCCACUAGAGCAAUGGGAAUGGAACUUCUGAGAGGAAUAUGGGAGAGCUUGGGAUUAGAGGAGGAUGACAUGACCAAGGCCUUGGACCUCCAUUCCUGUUUCCAGAUUCUCGUGUGCAAUAUAUACCCUCCGUGCCCACAGCCCGAGCUGGCCAUCGGCCUCCCCGCCCACUCGGACCAUGGCCUUCUCACCAUUCUCCUGCAGAACGGCGUCAGUGGACUCCAAGUGAAGCGGAGAGGCAGCUGGGUCCGUGUCGAACCCCUCCCUAACUCGUUCCUCGUCAACACUGGCGAUCACAUGGAGAUCGUCAGCAAUGGAAGGUAUAAGAGUGUACUGCAUCGGGCUGAGGUGAACAGCCAAAGCACGAGGUUGUCGAUAGCAAGCGUGGUGGCACCAUCGCUUGAUACGAUUGUCGAGCCAGCCUCUCAGCUGGUGAGCGAUGAGCACCCGAUGAUGUUUCGAGGCAUGAGGUAUGGAGAGUACGUGGAGCAUCAGCAGGCCAACCGGCUCAAGACCAAGUCUGCAAUGGAUCCUGUGAGACUGCAUGCCAAGUAGUAUCACUCUUGUCCGACAUGUCAAGUGUUUCAUCAGAGUAUUAGAACUAUUUGAAAAAGAGGUGUGGACUAAAUCAGGUGGCACCCAGGUUUGUUAUUUUGGUACGUACUAGUGUGAUGCUAGUACUGUAUUAUUAUAGUAUGGUAUGGGAUCUUUUAGUAUUAUCAAAUGACGGUAUGCUAUCUGUAUCAGAAAUAGAUACGGUUAUACCGUACGAUUUGGACCGAUAUAAUUAUACUGUCUGAGUUGGACUGAUAUGAUAAAUCAGAUAGCAUAACUAGCUGGUUUGGAUCGAUAUGGUAAAUCAGAUAGCACCAAGAAAGAACCCAAAUAUCCAACCUAUGUAAAAAUGUCGUAUGUACCAUCUUUGUUGGCUUUUGCUAAAGCAAAGCUUGUAUGAUAUUGAAUGAAUGUUGUGUGUAGUUGAAAAUAAAAACUUUACCGUCA